UCCAAACUUUGUUAUACUAAUUCAUUGCUGGUAUUAUCACAAGUCAUAUCCCCACCUUAUCAGUCGUAUAUAAAUACAAGACGCCUUGUUCAAUAAAACCACUUACUCCUAUUUCAAAAUAAGGUAACACACAACCAAAAUAGUAACUAGAUAGUUAAGAUAAAAUGUCUUCCACCGGCGAAGGAAACGAUACAGUAACCGCAAAAGCAGUAGCAAUGGGCGUGCUUUUUGCCGCAUCCAUGACUCUCGGUACCAUUCCUAUAAAACUAUCCGAAUGGUUCGACUGGAAAUCUGGUACCAAAAACAGCGUUUACGUCCAAAUGCUCCUCUCUCUAGGCGGCGGUGUUCUAUUAUGCACGACCUUUUUGCAUUUGCUUCCAGAAGUGAUUGAAGGCAUUGAAAAUCAGGAAAGCUUCACAAAGUACCAAGUCCUCCCUGUUGCUGAGUUUCUCAUGUGCGCUGGCUUUUUCGUCAUGUAUUUUGUGGAAGAAUGCGUCCACUUUUACCUGCAUCAGAGAGAACAGAAUUUUCAUAUAAAAUCAGCUCGCAGUAGCAUUUCUGUGAGCAGGGGUCAACUGGAUUCGAAAAGUGACGAGGAUCUGGUACCACCUUCGGAUGUGGUAAUCCCCGAACAAGGGUACCAGCAGUACCACCACCACAUCGAUCACAGCCAUGUGGAUCAUAGCCACAUGGUGAUCGAGGACACGACGAUUAUCUCAAUUAGGGGGUUUUUGGUGGUUUUGGCUCUGUCAGUCCACGAGUUAUUUGAAGGCCUGUCGGUGGGUUUGGAGUCUUCUAGCAGUAAUGUGUGGUACAUGUUUGGGGCUGUCAGUGCCCAUAAACUAGUCAUUGCGUUCUGUAUUGGCAUCGAAUUGGUCACUUCGGGCAUGAAGACGAUGCUGGUGGUGAUAUAUGUAUUUGUUUUUGCCGUGGUUAGUCCUUUGGGGAUUGGGAUCGGGAUUGCGGUUACUGAAGAAAGCGAAUCUUCGACCACGGUCGUGUCUGUGAUAUUGCAAGGAUUGGCGAGCGGGACCUUGCUCUACGUUGUGUUCUUCGAAAUAUUGAGAGAAGAGAGGAAAGCGGGAAUUAAACAGUAUUUUUCAGUUUUACUAGGAUUUAUUAUUAUGUUAGGAAUAACUUUAAUAGAUGUUGACUAAAAAAUUGACAUGGUAUACUCAAAAAUGUACAAAUAUACCUAGUUUUCUUGAAAUGUAAAUUUAUAAAUGUUUAUUUUAAGACACAUUUAUAAAUAAAUAUUUAUGAAAUAAUAAAAAACUACAAAGAUGAUAAAACCACAA